CUAGUUUGAGCUGAGAUACAAAUUUUUUUCUAACGUCCUCAAGCUUGUUUGCCUAAGGAACGGCCGUGCUUAAUAUAAAAGCUGUGUUCUGAGCCCCAGUCAUCGGUUGUUCACGUUCUUUGACCUUCCAGCCCAUGAUGCACUUCAAGUUGUCCUCAGCUAUAUCAGCGGCCUUCUGGCUCGCGGCCAAUGCUGCUCCCAGCUACAACACUUCUCCCAAUGCGACAAGAAUCAGGUUCAAGCACUGGCCAGCCAACGCGUCAAGAGCCCUCAGCGACAUGAUCGUCAAGAACGCGAACCAAAGCAACUACGCCGUAUUCGACAUGGACAACACAAGCUACAGAUACGAUCUCGAAGAGUCUCUGCUCCCGUUCCUCGAGAACCGCGGCAUCCUGACUCGUGAGAACCUGGAUCCUUCGCUGAAGUUGAUCGACUUCAAGGACACAGCUAACUUCACUGAGACGCUGUACAGUUACUAUCUUCGAUUGUGUGAAGAUGAUGACUUCAUUUGCUAUCCUUGGAUCGCCCAAGUGUGGUCAGGAUUCACCUUGCGCGAACUGAAAGGCUACGUCGACGAGCUCAUGACCCUCAAUUCGACCAUCCCUACGCAAUACUGGGAUGGGGACGAGGUCACGAACUCCACAGUCAAUUCUCCUCAAGUUUUCCGUGGCCAGGCGGAGCUUUACAAUGCUUUGAUGGACAAUGGGAUCGAUGUCUAUGUCAUUAGUGCCGCACACGAGGAUCUCGUCCGCAUGGUAGCCAGCGAUCCCAAGUAUGGCUACAAUGUACCGCCCAAGCACGUGAUUGGAGUUCAGACUUUGCAUCGGAACUCGACGUCCGGGUACCUUACCAACGCCCGUAAGGAGAUCAUUGAUGGGACCUAUGACCCGGAGGUCUAUCUCGACCUGGUCUUUGGACCCUAUCUCUGGACACCCGCCACCUGGUUUGCUGGAAAAUGGGCUGCGGUUUUGACCUACAUCGAUCAAUGGAAACGCCCGGUCCUUGCGGCUGGUGAUACACCUGGCUCUGACAGUUACAUGCUGUUCCAUGGUGUUGAUACAGCAAAGGGCGGUAUUCAUCUUUGGGUCAACCGCCGGGAUGCGUACUUGGAGAGAAUCCAAGGCGAGAUUCGCAACAAUACUGCUGCGCAGAUGGCGAAUGGGAGAGAGGUGACUGCUGACAAGAACUGGGUCUUUGUCAAGCCCACAGAAAUCCUGUAAGGCGUAGAGGUGGACAAGUAAAAAACCGAAUGCCUUCGGCUACUUAAGAUGUGCAUAGCUCCAGACCUCGGACUCUUCCAGUGCGAUUGCAAUCUUUUUCUGUCGUAAUGAUGUUUGUGAUGAGUAAGAUGUCUUGACGAGGACACGCC